AAAAAUUUGUAGAAUGUCCUAAAAAAACCUAUAAAUAUAAACGGUCAUAAAAAAAUUUCGAACCGAAAACUGUUUAUAAGGCAGAAACUGAAAUAGCUCCACCAGUGCAGCCCUCUUUUUGUGAGCUGCACCAUAGAACUAACCUGUGUAUUUAUUCGUUUCCCUGUUAUGCUGUUGUUGCACUUAAUGCCAAUUGGGCUAUUUAAAUUAUAUUAUUAAAAAAAACUAGAAAAGGCUUUAUUGUAGUGUCACAAAUUUUUAGAAGAGACCAUGCAUGCAAUACAUAAUGUUAUUUUAUUAGUACUUUCAAACUUGCAGUACAGCUAUUCUACAUAUGCACAGAGAACAAUAUAUACACAUCUAUCUAAGGCACAUGUUGAUGUUAUUUCCUAGGUUACGAGCCACAUGCAUUCUCAGACACACUGUAGUUAAAUAAGACUUAUUUUUCUUACUUCAGUUUGUUCUGAAUCUCAAUAUUGCCGUUGCUGCAUUAGCUUUUUGAAAACCUUUCACCGUGAAACUGAACUGCCGAGGAGCACCAUGGCUGUGGAGUUGGUGGUUGGACCUGUUGUCUCUGCUUCCAUUGAGUUUUUGCUGAAGAAGGUCACUUCUUCUGAUGUGGCCAGCUUCUUAAGAGGAAAGAAAGACUCUGGAUUUGAUAGGCUUCUUGACAAACUGGAGACUACGUUCCUCUCCCUUGCUGAGGUGCUUAGUGAUGCAGAGCAGAAGAAAAUCAGAAACCUGAGAGUAGAGAAGUGGCUGGACAAGCUUCAAGAUGCUGUGGAAGAUGCUGAGGAUCUCUUUGAAGAAAUUGAAUAUGAUGUUCUCAAGCUCAAGGUGGAAUCAGAGUCGGAACCCGACAAAAACAAGGUACGCAAAUUCUUCUCUAGUUUCAACUCAACCGAUCAGGAUAGGAAGAUAGAUAUGGAGAAACUUCUUGAGAGGUUGGAUACUUUUGAAAAACAGAGGUACAUCCUUGAUCUGCAAAAGGGUGUUGAGAAGAUCCAAUCACAAAGACCACCUUCAAUAUCUUCCAUAGAUGAUUCUAAUUUUUUUGGCAGAGAUGAUGAAAAGGAAUUUUUGAAAGGGAUGUUGCUGUCAGAUGAGUUGGGAAGUGAGAACAUUUGUGUGGUUCCAAUAGUGGGCAUGGGUGGGAUUGGCAAAACUACUCUUGCACAGUCUGUUUACAAUGAUGAUGAAGUUAAAAACUAUUUUGAACCCAAGGCUUGGGUUUGCGUCUCAGAUGAUUUUGAUGUAUGUAAGGUAAUGAGAACCAUUCUUGAGGAAGUCACUGGCAAGGGAUGUGCUGUUGAGAGCAGGAAUGGGCUGCUAAUUAAAAUACAUGAAAUUCUGAAUGAAAAGAAGUUCUUGAUUGUUUUGGAUGACGUUUGGAGUGAAGAAUAUGAGAUUUGGGAUAAAGUGAGGAUGUUUUUUAAAGUGGGGGCAUUUGGUAGCAAGAUAAUCGUCACAACAAGAAGUAAAGUAGUUGCUUCAAUCAUGGGAACAACUCGAUCUCAGCAUCUGGAAGUGUUGAAAGAAGAAGCUUGCUUCAAGUUAUUUGUAAAGCUUGUGUCUGGCAAUGAAGAAUCUACUACAGAUGCAGACUUGGGAAGAAUGGGCAAAGAACUUGUUAAGAAAUGCAAAGGCUUGCCAUUGGCUGUGAAAGCACUUGCAAGCCUUUUGCGCUUUACUGAUGUUAAGAAAUGGAAAGGAAUAAUAAACAGUGAUAUUUUGGAUUUGCCAAUUGGAGAGAAAAAUAUACUUCCAGCUUUGAGACUGAGUUAUCAUUAUCUCCCAUCACACUUAAAACGAUGCUUUCUUUAUUGUUCCUUGUUCCCCAAAGAUUAUCAAUUUAGAAAGGAGGAAAUGGUCUUACUAUGGACAGUAGAUAAUCUAUUGGAGCAUUCAAGCAGCAAUAGGACAAUGAAAGAAGUUGGAUGUGAGUAUUUUGAUGAUCUAGUAUCUCGAUCAUUUUUUCAACCUUCAAGUGGUUUUUUAACAAGAGAUUGUUUCGUGAUGCAUGAUCUUAUGGUUGAUUUGGCUAAUUUUGUAUCUAGAAAAAAGUUUGUUUACAUAGAGAAAGACAAGCUAUAUGAUAUUGGAUUGAUAAAGCAAGCACGACACAUUCGAUUUGAUAUAAACAACUACUGUUUUCACGAGAUAUUGAAGUUGGUUUCUGAAACAACUUGUUUGCGCACAUGUUUACCAGCUAUUAAAAAAAAAAUUCCUCCAAACAUAUUCCUGCAAGACAUGUUGAAAGAAUUGAUGAAGUUGAGGCGUUUGAGGUAUUUAUCUUUGAAAGGAUAUCAAGAUGUCAAUGAACUGCCUAAGUCAAUGGGUGAAUUAAGGCAUCUCCGCUACUUGGAUCUCUCUCAAACUUCAAUUAAAGAGUUGCCCAAAUCUGUGUGCAUGUUGUACAAUUUACAGACAUUGAACUUAGUUAGUUGUUAUGAUCUAACUAAGCUCCCCAAAAAUUUACAUCAUCUCAUUAAUUUGAGAUAUCUCAAGAUGAGUUAUUGUAAAUUUUGUACCUUGCCACCACUUGGGCAAUUACCUGCUCCAAAACUCUUUCCAUUGUAAACUG